UCGAGUUAGUUGUAUUCUGGGUUUUUGUUUACUUACRAUGUUUCCAUUCGCCUCUAUUUGGUGGAUAAAUAUAAUAACGCCAUGUUUAUUAAUUUUUACGAUUAUUUAUUAUUUUUGUACUUCAAAUUUUAAUAAAUGGGAAAAAAUCAACGUGCCUUAUAUUCGACCAAUUCCAUUGUUCGGUAAUUUCCUUAAUGUAGCCUUUGGAUUGCAACAUCCCAUAGAUUUUUACAGGAMAAUUUACUAUGAGUUGGCUGGCUACAAAUACGGUGGUUUAUUUCAGAUGAGGACUCCGUAUUUGAUGAUCCGCGAUCCGGAAAUAAUAAACAAUGUGCUUAUCAAAGACUUCUCAAAUUUCCCUAACCGUGGUAUUUACUCAGAUUUCUCAGUAAAUCCCUUGUCGAACCAUUUAUUUUUCAUGGAAAAUCCUCAGUGGAAGUUAAUCAGGAAAAUAUUGAGCCCAGCGUUUACUUCAGGCAAACUAAAGCUAAUGUACGAUCAAAUCAAAGAGUGUGGUGAUGAGCUAAUAAAAAAUAUUCAAAAGAACGUAACGAAAMCCGACAAUAAAAUAGAAGUGCGAGACAUUUUGGGAAAAUAUUCAACCGACGUCAUYGGCACUUGCAUUUUUGGUCUCAAAUUAAAUGCCGUAAGUGAUGAUAAUUCUACAUUUCGGAAGUACGGAAAGUCUUUGUUCACGCCAUCACUAAGAAUACAUUUAAGGGAAUUGAGUUUGAUGAUCACUCCUGCGCUUUUAAAUAUUCUAAAAUUUAAGGAUUUCCCAGCGGACGCAACUGACUUUUUCCAUUCAGCAUUUCAUGAGACGAUAACAUAUAGGGAAAAAAACAAUAUAGUCAGAAAUGAUUUUGUUCAAACCUUGAUACAAGCGAGAAACGAUUUGGUUUUAAAUAAAAAUAUACCUCAAGGAGAAAGAUUUUCAGAAUCACAAAUUGUUGCCAAUGCAUUUGUUAUGUUUGCUGCUGGAUUUGAAACCGUAUCUACUGCUAUUAGUUUUUGUUUAUACGAGCUAGCGUUAAAGAAGCAUAUCCAAAACAAAGUACGUGAAGAAAUUAAUUCGAAAUUAUCGAAAAACAACGGAUUGAUUAAUAACGAUUUGUUGAUUGAUUUAAACUACUUAGAUAUGGUGUUAGCAGAAACACUACGUAAGUAUCCGCCGACCUUUGCUUUAUUCAGAAAAGCAUCACAAACAUAUCACGUACCAAACGAUUCAUUAACUAUUGAAAAGGGCCAAAAAGUAAUAAUUCCUAUUUAUUCACUACAUUACGAUCCAAAGUAUUUUACGGAUCCUGAAGUAUUUGAUCCAGAAAGAUUUUCACCUAAAGAAAAAAGUAAACGUAUAAGUGGUACUUAUCUUCCAUUUGGAGAUGGACCUCGAAUUUGUAUAGGAAAACGUUUUGCUGAGCUCGAAAUGAAAUUGGCUUUGGUCGAGAUUUUAACAAAAUUUGAAACAGAACCAUGUGAAAGGACUGAAGUUCCUUUACGAUUUAGUAAAAAGGCUUUAAUUACAAUGCCAGAAAAUGGUAUUUGGUUAACAUUUAAAAAAAUUACUAACUCAUUAUAAGUUUCAAUAACAUUUGUUAUUCAAUUUGUUAAUUUUGCUUAUUAUUAAUAUUUAAGAUUAUUUGUUAAAAUAUUGUUAUUUAGUUGUAGU